AUGUUGUCAUCAUCGACGAUAAAACAACAAGCCAUACCACCCUUUCAUAAUCAUACGGAAUUUUCUUCUCAUCUUCGAAUAAUUGCAGAGGUUGAUAAACACUCUAAUAAGACAAAGUUGUAUCUAUACUCAAUGCUGUCUAAGAACAAGAUAGUCAUCACACCUGAUGUCCCUAAAACCAUUAGUGAAUUUAGAGAUGAACAUAUGGAUGUAGGCAUGGUGUUUGCAGUUGUGGGCACAUCUUGGUGCGGUAAAUCGACUAUUGCCAAUGUGGCCAGACAAUUAUUUGGACCAAAGUAUGGUCGUAAUGAGAAGGCAGUUUUUGGUGAUCUGAUACGAGGUUCUAUUGUCAAGUCCUUCUCUCAACUCUUAAAUUGUCUCAGAAACUUUUUGGACCAAGAAGAUUUUGUUAAAGAGCAUCAACGCACCAUUCAUGAUAGGUUAAUAGAGUUAAAGAUCUUUAAACUUAAAAAGAGUUUGCAAACACCAAACUUUACAUCCUCUGGUUGCGAGCCUAGAGGUCUCCACAGUGAAUAUGAAGCUCAGAAGAGUACAAUAAUAGCAACACCAAUAAUGAAAGAGGAAUUUGAACAAUUGAAACGAGAAUUGAUUCAAUAUUUUGCUGAAAGAAAUGAGGUUAUAGAUCGAUCACUUGAUAUUCAUUCAGACGUAAAUCGUGUGGUGAAACUCUUAGAGAGCUUAUGGAACGACCCUAUUGUACAAAUUGUCUAUGCCCUAAAUCAUAGAAUUCCUAAUCUCAACGUAUCAACUAACCUAGAUUACUGGAUACCAAGACUUAAAAAGAUUUUCUCAGCUGGCUUUUCUCCUAAAUCUAAAGACAUUCUCCAAUCCCACCCAGGCCAUAAUGGUAUCUAUGCCCAUCAUCCUAUGGAAUGCAAGUUUCCAAAAAAUCAAACUGAGACUGUGACUGAAAUUCCACUCUUUGAAGCUAAGGAAAUACCAUUUGUAGUGUUGGAUGUUACAGACGUUAGUCGUAAAUUGGAACAUGUUAUAGAUCUUGUAACAGAUAUUGUAUUUGUAGUUUCUAUGGAUGACUAUUAUCUUAUAGACGAGAGAAAUAUGGACAGAUUAUCUGAUGCCAUUCAAAAAUUUAGAAAACUUUGCGAGGACAUGAAAGAAAGCUUCUUAUCGAGAAGAAUUCCACUCAAAAACAUUACACUUGUUUUUAACAAGUUUGAUAUAUUUUCAGACAAGGCCUCCAAAUCUGAGGACCCUUUUAUCAAGUUAGAAACAUCCCACCCAGAUAUUUAUACUUAUUAUGGUACUGAUUCAGGAGCUUCCCAGCACCUUAUCAGGUCCCUCAUUGACUAUUUUGUAAACAUUUACGAUUCAUACUUUAGAGAUAUAAGAGAAUUUCCAAUAAGCAAACAUCAAAUUGAAACUUAUAGACUAACAUCGAGUUUACUGGCUGGUACUAUACUGAACAUUUGUGUAACAUCUGCCACUAACAAAAGUAACAUGGAAGAUUUUUGGAGAUUUGUGAUUGGUCGUGAAAAAGGCGUUGAGCAACGUUCUUAUUGUACAGACGGUUCAUGGAUACCGUUCAGAAUGUGUAGAUCAUCUCUUCAUGAGCAGUAUGGAAUCUCUUACCUUAAUUGGGGAGAGAACUUCUUCAUACAUGGUAAUAACCAACCAUUUAGAUUUGCUGUGCACGAAAGCCUUCUCUUACUGAGAUGUCCACAGCUGGCUACUAUAAUAGGGUUAAACGAGAAGAACAAGAAGGCUGUAAAUACUUAUGAACCAGUUCCAACAAUAAUGGUGGACUUUGAUGUUGGUGUUUUAGCCGAAUUGAUACGGAGGAUUUAUGAUGGCUUUAGUGUUUUUGAUUUACAAAAAUUCAUUCAACACUAUCCUUCUCUCCUUCCUGUUGUUAUCAAGAAGCCAAAGAAGCUAACCAAAAAACCAAAGCUACUUCGACCAGUUAUUCUAAAAUACAAAAUGAUCAAGGCAAAAACUAUUAACAAGAACAUUAUAUAUAGAUUUAACCAUCCUCAAUUUACUGAUAUAGUUAACUAUGUUGACUUGAUUGGAAAUAAUUUUUCUGCCCUCUCUGGUAGACAUGACAUGCUGUUAUUCCACCAAAGUGAUAACAUUUCGAGUUGCAAGUUCAUGCUAUCGAUGAGAUUGCCAGGAUUCACUCUUGAGAAAGAUUACUAUGUACUUGUUCCAUAUAUCAAAAAGCCCUCAUAUUUUAAUGUUUUGAGAAUACUUAACCACGAACGAGACGUUUGCAUUGAUAACUGGAAAGAGCUGAUAGAAAUGAUUUUCAUCAGCAAAAUGUGGCAGUUUGAAGACGAUUCUAUAUUAGUAGAGACUUUGAGAAAAAUGUUUAAAAAUGUAGUUUCAGCUGAUAAUGUUCACCAAAUGAUUCCACUGUUGUCAAAUGACUUUAUAGAUUUCUCUCAACUUGAUGACCCUGUACAAGGCAAGGUUUCAGAGAGAACCCUUCUAGAUAACCUACCAACAGAAAUAAUCUAUGUUGUGUCUUCCUUUUUGUAUGGUGUCUUUGAUACAAAUCCACAAAACUCUCUAAUUGAUCAAGACUACUUGAGUCUUAUUUGUUGCCUGAAUCAUACCUCCUUCUUUAGGUUCUUUAAAGAGAUUCCUAAGGACAAACUCAAACAAUUUAUUUGGAAAACUAAGUUUACCAAAUUUACCCUAUUUUUGAAAGAGUGUAAUUCUUUCCUAGAAAAACACAAAUAA